AUGAACAAGCGGCCUCACCCAGGCCUCAGCUUGCCGGCCAAGCCUUACGCGCCUCCCCAAGCUGGCCCCGCGCCGCCUCUGCCUGCUGGUCCUCCCCCAGCUCAGCAACCCGCCUACCCGCAGGACCAACAGGCCGCGCACGCUGCCGCAUGGGCUGCCUACUACCAGUCGCAGGCAGCUGGUGGUGCCGGUGCCGGUUACACCGCUGCAGCGGCCCAACCUGCCGCGUCGACAGCAGCGCCUCCUAACCCGUACGCCAACUAUGGUUAUGGUGCCGGGGCCCAGCAUGCCCAAUCUAAUCAGCCGUCUUACAACCAGCAAGGCGCCGGAUACAACGCUGGAGCAGGAUACAACCAGCCUGCGUCGCCAGCACAAGGCUAUGGCGCGCCUCAAUACGGUGCCCAGGCAGGAUACACCGCCGGCGGGGGCGCCCCAUACACACCUUCGCCCGCGCAUUCGUAUGGCGGCCAAGCCCAGGCGCCUGGCUACGGCGCCUACAACGGUGGUGGUCACCAGUCCCCUACCAACUCGUACCACAACCAACAAGGUGCCGGAUACACCCCUCAGCCCCCUCAGCCGUACUUUCCCCAGCAGCAACAGCAGCAGGGCCAAGGAGGAGGAGGCUUUGGCGGAGGCGGUGGUUCCCAGGCCAACCAGCCGUACCGCCCGUCCGGACCCGGAAACGCGUCCCAGAACAGGCCGUACACUCCUCAACCUGGACCGCCCGGUCGCGGUGCGCCUGUACCCGCCCGUCCACCUGCGCCAAGCGGCGGUGGAGGACCUGGUCCCGGUGGCCCAGGCGGCUUCCCUCCCGCCAAGAGGCCUCGUUUUGAUGGCCCAGGAGGGGCUGGCCCGGGAGGCCCAGCAGGCAUCCCACCUCGCCCCCCGUCCUCCCGCGGAGGACCUCCCCAGGGCUAUGGAAGUGGCAUGGCAAGGCCGAUGGGCGGUGGCGGCGGCGGUCGCGGUGGUGGGCCCAUGGGCCAACCCAGCGUUCCUCGCAUGGGCUUCAACAACCCCCGCGGUGGCGGUCCGAUGCGUGGCGGUAUGGGUGGGCGCGGUGGCGCACCGAUGCGCGGCGGCAUGAUGGGUCGCGACUCUCGCGGGCCUCCAUUACGCCGCGACCGCAACGACCGCAACGACCGUGAUCGCGAGCGCGACCGUGACCGUGACCGUGGCGACAUGCGUCCUCCCGUCAGCGGCGCGCGACGAGUCGACGCUCUCCCUCAACAGCGCGACCGCAAGCGCAAGGACAAGGUCGAGAAGGAGGCCAAGACGACCAUGACCGACUUCCGAAUCGUUGGUAUCGAGGUCAAGGAGCUUGACUGGACCUGGGGCCUGAUUGGCGAACACGUUGUCGACGAGGUCCAGGAGGAGAAGAAGGAGGAAGACCAAAUCGAGACCAAGACCGACGACCCCGCUGUCGAAGUCAAGACGGAGACCGAGGAAGACUCUGCCGCAGCCGUUGCCGAAAUCAAGAACGAGUCAGCCGAGGUCAAGGAAGAAGCUGCAGCCGAGACCAAGCCCGAAGUGGAGAACUCCGAGGAGCCCAAGGGGGACGAGGCUACAGCUGGCGAUGCUUUGGAUGAAAAGCGGGGCGAGAAGCGCAAGGCCAAGCCUUCCAGUGUGGAUGGCGACGUCGAGAACGGUUCUCCCAAGAAGCGAUCCACAUUCGCCAUUACCCACGGCAAGGCCAACACUGGCGAGGCUGCCCCCACCUCUUCCCCAGAGUCCAACCAGAACCGCUUCCGCAUCUACUUUGAGUCGCCCCCUGAGCUUGACCGUGUUCCUAAGGCUUCCCGCCGCAACCCCAACAAACGCUGGCGUCGCGAGUCUAGCUCUGUCGCGCCGAGCCGUAUGGGCGAGCACGAGGAACACCACGAGGAGCACCCCGAGGGCGACCACCAUGAUCACGACGACGAGCACGAGGCUGCACCAGAAACUGAGGCCGCUGUCAAGGUGGCGCCAGCUCCUGAACAGGUCGAGGAGAAGGCUGAUGAGGAGAAGGUCGACGCUCCGGCCACUACUGAGCCUUCUGCCGAAGCUGUUCCCGAAAGUGCGGCGGAGACUACCACAGAACCUCCUGCCGAACCUGCUACCGAGUCUGCUGCUGAACCUGCUGCCGAGCCUGCAGCUGAGCACGCACCUGUCACUGAAACCGCCCCGGAACCCGCAGAGGCCGCCGCCCCCGAAUCGGCCGCUCCUGAAGGUCCUGCGGACAAGGCCCCCGAGACCGCCGAGGAGGAUGUUGGCGACGUGUCGAUGAUCACCAACUCGGUCCUGGACGAGUCCGAUGUCACCGAGCACGCAUCUGGCCUCACUGGUGCUGAAGCGUCCUCGGCAGAACUGGAGGCUGCUCUCGCUGCGUCUGCGCAUAACGCGGCAUCUGCCUACGGCAACCGCGGCAAGCAACGUACCCGCCGCUGGUCUUCGAGCAGUGCCGAGAGCCUGGCCGAGAGCUUCGUCACCGCUCAUGCGAGCGACGUGGCCCAGCCUUCCGUCAACCGCGUUUCGGUGCUGUACGAGGACAGCACCCGUCGUCUUGUCUUCGACGCGUCGGUCGUUCGCAAGGUUCGCAUCUUCCGCGGCGAAGGCAGGAUUGAGGUUGAGAUUCUGCCUGAGGCGGCCCCGGCCAAGCAGGAGAAGGAGGCUGAAGAGAAGGAGGAGGGCAAGGCGGAACUCGACCUUCCCAAGGGUGUGUUGGUGGAAACGUAUGACGCCACCGAGCAGCGUUUCGUUGCCGUUACCCGCGAGCGCUUGGAUCAGCUGUGGCUCUCGGACACGACCAGCAACUUGCCACCUCUGCACCGCGUCUUCACAGCGACUCCUCCGGGCGAGCCCAUCACCCUCACUGUCUUCCUCAACAAGAAGAAGCCUCUCAGCGAGCCCAAAUGGUGCCGCACCAACCAGGCCGACGAAUGGCUCUAUGAGCAGUUUGGUCGUCGCGCUGGCACGGACGCCGGCUGGCGCGGCAAACUCGAGAUUGUGGAUCCCGAUGCGCCACCAACCCUCGCGUCCAUUCUCGAGACUUGGAAGAGUGGAUCGACCAGCGGCACCCCUACCGACCGCACUGACUUUACUGCGUCGCUCCUUGCCUCGCCCAACGACCUGCUCGAGAUUCUCCUGCGCCUGACCCGUGGUGACCGCAACCCGGCCGCAUCCGUCGGCACUGGGCCAUCGUCCGCCAACGGCCCACUCGCAACUGCCAUCCGGUCCGACUCGCCGUAUGCCUCGCACCAGACGCACGUCAGCUUGGCGAUUCUGGCCAUGUACCGCCUGACGACCGACUACGCCGAACAGGCUGGUGUCAAGACCGAGGUCCUCAACGAAAAGAUUGCCGACAUUAUCAAGUCCCUCCCGACGCAUAUGAUCCACAAGAGCCUCGAUGGCCUGUACAAGGAGUGGCUCGCUGAACGCAAGGCGUAA